AUGCAAGACGGGUGGAUUAACUCUCUGGGAAUAUCUCCUAGCGCUCUGCUGCUAGGGCUUGCUGUUUAUUAUGGCUGUCUCUGGCUUUUUCUGAAGUAUCGACUGAGGUUGAGAGGCAUUCGCCUCCCUCCUGGGCCGACCGGCAGCUUUAUUGCGGGUAACCUUACACAGAUACCAAAGGUAGAACCAUGGCUGACUUACACAUCCUGGUCAAAAAUCUACGGUCCCAUUGUCUAUUACCGCGUAUUCAACAAUAAAACUAUAAUUCUUAACUCCGCAAAGGCAACCAUAGACCUGCUAGAGUCUCGAUCGACCAUAUAUUCCGAGCGUCCGACCAGCUGGAUGUCAGGAGAACUUGCAAAGAGAAAAUAUGGUGUUUUCUCUACAUCGUUCUCUGAUCCCCGUCAUAAAAGCAUGCGGAAACUGCUGCAGCAGGGGCUGAACUCCAGGGCGGCUAAGAGUUACCGGCCAAUUCAAAUGGAAGAGACGUUGGUGCUUCUUCGCGGCUUGAAAGACAAUCCGACAGAAUUUGCAGCACACAUCCGCAGGAAUGCAGUAGCGGUCAUCAUGAAAGUCGCAUACGGAUACCAGGUAGAAUCUAACGACGAUAGAAUGGUUAGGUAUUUGGAAGAUGCAUUCACUAUCAGCGCAUCCAUGAAUGUGCCUGGUAAAUACUGGGUUGAAUUUUUCCCAAUACUAAGAUUCCUCCCAGAGUGGUUCCCCGGUGCUGGUUUCAAAAGGUUGGCGCGUGAGCUCGGAAAAACUUCCAGCCGCGUAGAAAGCAUUCCUUUCCAAUGGACGUUGGAAAACAUGGCGAAGGGCGACUUCAUCGAAUCGUUCACCUCGAAGCAUCUCCACAUAGAAGAUGGACAACUCCCAACAGACCGAGCUCUAUUAGAGGAAAUUAAAUGGUGUUCUGCUGCAUUGUACAUCGGCGGUGGAGACACGACCGUCUCUGCACUGACAACAUUCUUCUUAAUUAUGUCACUCUAUCCCGAUGUUCAGAAGCGAGCGCAGAAGGAUGUCGACGAGGUGGCACCUGAUAGACUUCCAACUCUCGAUGACUUCGAGUCCCUUCCGUAUAUCAGAGCGAUGAUCAAGGAGAUUCUACGGUGGGCACCUGUGGCCCCACUCGGUAUUCCGCAUAAAGCAAUGGUGGAUGACAUCUACGAAAACUAUUUCGUACCCAAAGGUACUAGAGUAAUAGGCAAUAUAUGGGCAAUUACACACGACGAAGAUUUAUAUCCUAAUCCCCAUAUCUUUGAUCCUACACGCCACUUGGGGGACUCGCCCCAGGCUGAUCCUUUUAAGUUUGUCUUCGGGUUUGGGAGGAGAUUUUGCCCAGGGGCACAUCUGGCAGAGAUGUCGCUAUUCCUGAACAUAUCAAACAUAUUAGCUGCAUUCGACAUUUCAAAACCUUUGGACAAGAAUGGAGUAACUAUCGAGCCUUCCAUUGCCUGGACUACAGGUAUCACAAGCCAUCUCAAGCCCUUUGAUUGCCAAAUCAUACCUCGUCCUAAAAAUGUUCUCCUUGAAAUAUGA